GUGUAUGCAUUGAUUAUAACCAACAAGGAAGUUAUACUAGUUAUCGGAAUAGGUCUCGUGCACAAGGAAGUCAUAUCGAGAUAACGAAAGACGUUAACUAGAAGCAGAAUAUGAGAAACCAUGGCGACAGCUAGUGAGACUGCCAUACCAGAGGCUGUGGUGGCCAUAGAUUUCGGUACGACGUACACUGGAUACGCCUACAGCUUCAAAAGCGAAUUCCAAAAGUCCAACGAUGCGCGAGAGAUUUUUCAUAAUAGCUGGAAUUCGAGUCUGGCGGGAAACCUUUCAAAGAAAGCACCGACUGUGGCUCUCUUCAAAGCAGAUUAUAAGUUUGACAGUUUUGGAUACGAGGCAGAGGAAAAGUACUCCGACCUCACUGAUCGAAAGAUACACCAGGAAUGGCACUACUUCAGUAGAUUUAAAAUGCAGCUUUUUGACAAGAAGAAUCUUACCCGGAACCUUGAGGUUAAGGACCAGCAAGGCAAAACAUUUCAUGCCUGCGCCGUGUUUUCGGAAAGCAUACGAUUCAUAAAAACUGCAGCGCUUAAAGAGAUAAAGGAAAGAAACCCCGUGGCAGAAGAGGACAUUCAUUGGGUACUCACUGUUCCCGCCAUCUGGAAUGAACCUGCGAAACAGUUUAUGAGGGAAGCAGCAGUAGAGGCCGGGAUUCCCGCGAACCAGUUGAUUUUAGCUCUGGAGCCCGAGGCUGCCGCCAUAUACUGCCGAACUUUGAAACGAGGAACGUUCAGUUGUGUUUCUGAAAAAAACGUGAAGGAAUUUCUCUCUGCAGGGGGUCGGUACAUGAUCCUAGACAUGGGAGGUGGGACUGUUGAUAUCGCAGUUCAUGAGGUUUCCGAUGACGGGAGGCUGAUCGAGAUUAUACCAGCUUCAGGAGGAGACUGGGGAGGAACCAAUGUUGACCAAUCCUUUCUCGACUUUAUCGAAACCAAAAUAGGAAAAGAAGAUGCUGAAAGAUUAAAACAGACAAAAACGUCUCACUGGAUCAAACUGGAAAAAAAUUUUGAGGUUAAGAAGAGGACAUUGAAAACGUCAACUGAAAAUGACAUUCGAGUCGAAAUUCCACCCGUUCUGAUUAUGGAAAGCAAGUUAGAUAUCAAGUUGUUUACCUCAUAUAAAAUGGACAUUUCCAAUAAAGAUUUCAAAGCCUUUUUUAAUUCUAAGGAUAACGUCAUACAUCACGUAAAGGACAUCUUGGGCCAGGUGGAAGGCGUCAACUUAAUAUUGAUGGUAGGAGGCUACUCUCAAUCCGGCUACGUGUCCAAUCAGAUAAAAGAAGCAUUCCCAGACCUCGUCGUUCUGAUUCCUCCGCAAGCCGAGGUAGCAGUCAUGGAAGGCGCGGUCAUGUUCGGGUUUGACCCAUGGACUGUGUCGGCAAGAAUGUGUAGGCAUACAUACGGGUUCCGCGUCAAUAAAUACUUCAUACAGGGGGAACAUGAUCAACAACACCGUAUAAAUGUUAAUAAUCAGGACUUAUGUGCCAACAUUUUCAGCAGGGUUGUGUCCAAGGGAGAAAUUUUAAAAAUCAACGAUAAACGGACAGAGAACAAUCUCCUAUCUCAACAUUGGAUGGAAGACAGAAAACUCAUGGAAAUGACCAUUCCCAUAUUUGCUUCCACAGAUGAUAAUCCUAAAUACACAACCGAUCCUAGCUGUCAGCAGAUUGGUAUCAUCAGGAUACAGCCUCCUGCGGAUGGAUGGCCAUCGUCAGUCAAAUACUGUCUUGAAAUCUACUUCGGUAGAACCGAGUUUGAAGUAAGAGUUUUCAAUCACGCCGAUAGAACAGAAUAUUCAUCCACAUUUGAUUUACUGGUAGAAAAGGAGAUCCCGCAUGUCCCUCAGCGUUCAUCUGGGGCGGGGGUUAAAACGACCUCUCGUUGUGUCAUCUCAUGAAAUGGUGAGAACUUGCUAGCCUCUGUCGAUGACAAAAUAGUCCAGAAACUGGUAGUUGAUAUGUACAUACAAUGAUUGCAAGUAUAAAAUUUGGAAAUUGAUUCAGUAUGCAAAGUAUUGUGUAAAUAGCUGUUAUAUUGGGGUGAUCGUUUAUUCAGAAUUUUGCAUCCACACAACAGGUCACGAAGAUGAUGCUUCGCAAGGGCUAUACAUCUGAAAUGGUAUAACUUUGACACAGUUGCACAGCAGUCCACCUGGUUCAAUUCGUACCUUUAGGUGAAGGUCAUUGAUUUCGCUCAUACCCCUGAUUCGUACAAUAUUUGACUUGAGAAAAUAAAAUCGUGUGUAUUUUUUCAUGUAACAGGACAAGACAAGAAAGCCCGUUAUUCUGCACUGACAAUCAUAGAAGUCGCAUCAUAUUAUUUUAUUAGGGAAAGCAGCACAAAUAAUGUUUCCCCGAACCUGCACAGUUGUCCCAUGUCGCUACACUAAAGUUCAAGGUCAUUUUAAGUGGUCAGUGCAACGGUCCUUGUCUGUACAUAAACGCCAAUGAUAACGUCAAAUAUUAUAUGUUCAUUUAUAUGUAGCUUUUCUGAAAGAAACGGUGAUCAGUUUUUGGAGACACGUUCCAUGGGUUUGAAUUCAAGUUCAAAAAGAAGCCUUAGAUGCACUGCAGAACUUUUAGAUCGAAAAUGUGUAUCAAGCAGUCGUGGACCAUCGCUUGACUAAUGACAUUGAAACGUUAACAAUUCCUGAAUGUUGAGGGAAAGUGCAAACCACAUCGGACGAGGUUCGUUUUAAACGCAUACGGUUUUUAGCUACAUCAAGGAAUGAUAGUAUCGAAUACAACAUUAAGGAAUGAUGGUAUCGAAUACAACACCAAGGAAUGAUAGUAUCGAAUACAACAACAAGGAAUGAUAGAAUCGAAUACAGCACCAAGGAAUGAUAGUAUCGAAUACAACAACAAAGAAUGAUAGUAUCGAAUAAACAACAAGGAAUGAUAGUAUCGAAUACAACAAUAAGGAAUGAUAGUAUCGAAUACAACAACAAGGAAUGACAGUAUCGAAUACAACACUAAUUGAUGCUGAUAGGCUAUAGUAAUGUUACAUAAGUUACAAAGUGUCACUAAAAUUUUAAACUAUCUGAAAACUGAUGGCCUGUUCCAGGAGACACGAGUCACCAUAGCCAAAUGUAGCUUGAAGCUGCCAUUUGUCUUUUACUCUUUCGUUUGUUUGAUGUCACUUUCAUUUUACAUAUUUUUCUCUACUAUAUAUUGGCUCCUGAAACCUCUCCUGUGUUGUUUGGCCGUUAUGUCUCGGCAUGUACAGUAAUAGUUAGAGUAUGGUUUUGUUUAGAGAAAGGUCGACACUUUCUCCGAGGAAACUUUUCAAGCAUAGACUUGAAAAACUGCAAAAAUAUUUCAACAGGUAUAUCAUUUAUUUCUUAAGUUAAGAUGAUUAUAAAUAGCACUAAAUCGCAGGCCGAAAUAUUAUUCUAUAUGUUGAGCUUGUUUAAACACUUCCGGCCUUUGUGCCUUGUGUGUCCAUACACCAGGUGAAAUCCAUUUCAUAGAUACCUAGGAUUAGAUAUGAUUAAUGCUGUUACUUGUAUGAAUUAAUACAUUGUGUGCCUUGGCAUACACACUCAUUGAAGAAAUAUUGAGGCAAUUUAAUAUUAAUUGCAGAUUUGUUUGACGUCACACGUGUAAUCAGAGUAUGUCUUGUUAGUUUAAAUUUCAAGUCUAGCGUUCAUUAUGAUAGCACCUCAACAUCCUUCUUACAUGUAGGUAUACAGUUUCUUCCAUCGGAUUAAAAUAAUAAGUUGCA